UCUCCGACGAGAGUUGCUCCCGUAAAAGAGAGCCGGGGUGUCCGCAUUCCCCUUCUCUCUGGUCCUCGCCGUACGGGCUGUUUCGCUAAGAUCCGACGGCCGGAAGACGCCGAUCGGCCAAAUCACCGCCGGGCGAAGCAAGGUGAAAUUUUUGUGAUUGAUCAGUUGAAAGCUUGCCUUCACUUGUGGAGUUUAAAUAGUUUACUAUUAUGUGAAGGAAAAAAUGAUGUCACCUGCACAAGACCCCUUCUAUCUUGUUAAACAAGAAAUUCAAGAAUCUAUUGAUAAGCUCCUGUCAACAUUUCGGAGAUGGGAACAAAUUGAGUCAAAUACAGGGGAAUAUGUACAUCUUUCCAAAGAGCUGGUUGCUGGAUGUGAAAGCAUUGAGUGGCAGGUGGAUGAAUUGGAGAAAGCAAUUUCAGUUGCAGAGAGCAACCCAUCUCGGUUUGGCAUUGAUGAAAUUGAGCUUGGAAAGCGCAAGAGAUGGACCACCACUUCUCGCACUCAGGUGGCUUCUGUGAGAAAAGCUGUUGAUGCUGCACCGGUUUCUACAAACAAGAACGGAAUCCGCCGAGAAUUAACAAGAUUGACUGCUGAAGCAGGACGAUCGGAUCAGUAUCCCACUGAAUCUAAUGAUGACUAUAUAUCUUCGGAAACUGAUAGACAAAUGCUUCUAAUCAGACAACAAGAUCAAGAGCUGGAUGAGCUAAGUGCAAGUGUAGAGAGAAUUGGAGGUGUGGGGCUUACCAUACACGAGGAGCUCUUGGGACAGGAAAAAAUCUUAGAGGAUCUGAAUCAAGAGAUGGAUAGUACUUCAAACCGGCUUGACUUUGUCCAGAAGAAGGUAGCCAUGGUCAUGAAGAAAGCAGGUGCAAAAGGUCAGAUCAUGAUGAUUGUCUUUCUAUUGGUCCUCUUCAUUAUUCUGUUUGUGUUGGUUUUCCUCACGUAGAACUUGUGCUACUCAUGCUGUUGAAGCUUGAGCACCUGGUCAUUCAGAGGACAAAAAAUGUCUUAUUAUGUCCAUAUAAAAUCUAAAUGUAGUACUGGUGAUCAUGAAUGGUAGGCCUGGAAACAUUGACUGGUUUUCAACAUGCUGUUUAGUUGAUUUUGUGUAUCACAAUUCACAAGUAGAAAAUUCAUCUACUGAUUUAUAGCUUUUCAAUAAGCAAUUUAUGUUUGGGUGAUUA